AUGGAGAACGAGAAGGGAGAAAUCGUCGACCUUGCCACCAACCGUAUCAUCAAGGCCAAGGACCACGCUUCCGUCCAAAUCAGCAUCGCUAAGGUCGACGAGAACGGCCGAUACACCGGUGAAAACCAGGUCUAUGCUCUGUCCGGAUUCGUACGCGCUAUGGGCGAGGGUGACGACAGCUUGAACCGUUUGGCUCAGCGGGAUGGAUUCUUGAAGAACGUCUGGAGCGCAAGCCGAUAA